ACCCAUGUUAGAGGAUGGGUCCAAGAAACCUACCUUUGUGUGAUAUAUGACAUAAUCUUCUCCAUCUCCCUCUCAGCCUAAACAUCGCCAUCUCUCUCUCUCUCUGCAACCCAUCUUCAUCCCAUGUCUUCUUCUUAGAACCUGUCACCUUUGAAUACAUUCCUUGCCCUUAAAUCUUGCGGAACUAUUUUCUAUGAUUGAAUGGUCGAUCGAUCUUUAACUCGACUGAUUGACAUGGCAUUCCCUCUUCAUCAUCAUGGUUUCAUCUUCCAUUCUCAAGAAGACAAUGAUCACCUUCUCUCUCCUUCCUCUCUCAACUCCCUCCCCUCUUCCUGUCCUCCUCAGCUCUUCCCAGGUGGCGGAGGGCAUUUCAUGAUGAAGAGAUCGAUGUCCUUUUCUGGGGUGGAAAAGUGUGAAGAAGUGCAUGGGGAUGACGACUUGUCUGAUGAUGGAUCACAAAUAGGAGAAAAGAAGAAGAGGCUCAACUUGGAGCAGGUUAAGGCACUUGAGAAGAGUUUUGAGAUGAGGAACAAGCUUGAGCCUGAGAGGAAAAUGCAGUUGGCCAAGGCUUUAGGACUUCAGCCGAGGCAGGUAGCUAUAUGGUUUCAAAACAGGAGGGCUAGGUGGAAGACUAAGCAGUUGGAGAAAGACUAUGAAAUCUUGAAGAAACAGUUUGAUGUAGUUAAAGCUGAUAAUGAUGCCCUUCAAGCCCUCAACAAGAGACUUCAUGCUGAGCUAAUGGCUCUAAGGAGUAGUACAGAGUCAAAUUCUACUGAAGUUAACCCAAAGAAAGAAACUGAUCAGGGUUCUUGGAGCAAUGCAAGUGAGAACGGUCAUGAUGCUAAUUUAGACAUCUCAAUAACUACAGUGGCAACCAGCCCAGUCUCUAAUUCUCAACUAAGCACUAAGCUUCUCUUCUCCACAUCCAUCAGGCCUACAAGUAUGACUCAACUGCUCCAAAGCUCAUCACCAAGACCAGACCUUCAAUGUCUGAAAGUUGACCAACUGGUUCAAGAAGAAAACAUAUGCAACAUGUUCAAUGGCAUGGAAGAGCAGCAAGGAUUUUGGCCAUGGCCAGAGCAGCAAGCACCAUUUUCACUGAACCAAACCCAUUUCUCCAAAAAUUAACACAAAUCAAUCCAUAAUGUGGUUUAGCUUUGUUUAAGUGAUGUCAAUUAAUUAAGAAAUUUGGAUUUUUUUUCCU